AUGGAAAGAAGACAGAGGGGAGGGCAAGAGUCAUGGAGAUGGAAGAUUAAAGAAAAAUCACCGGAGACGAGGGACAGAAAUAUGGAAGAUGAGGAAUGGGAGACGGUGAUAAGGAAGAAAGGAAAGGAGAUAGAGGUUGAGGACCCAAGCACUACUAUAUUCUUAGCAAAUCUACCAGAUGAAGUAUCUGACAAGGAAAUAUGGCUGGAAAUCAAAAGAUGUGGAUACUUGUCAGAUGUGUACUUUCCUAGGAAAAGAGACUUAAAAGGCAAAAGAUUUGCAUUCGCAAGAUUCAAAAAGAUAAGAGAUAUCAGUAAAUUGGUCCAAGCUUUAAACAACGUCUGGUUCGGGGAUAAGAGGGUCAAGGCAAAUGUGUCCAAGUUCCAGAGAGAAGAAGAUAAGGGGGUAGGGGGAAACAAGAAGCAUUAUGGAGAAUUGGCCCUUCAAUCUGAUUUAAAGCAGGGAUUUGAGGUUACUGUUGAUGGUAGGCUUGCAUGA